CAACCUGAGGCCCGUUGGGUGAUUGACACAUUUGACACAAUCAUCAUCAUCAUACAGUCAACACCAGCAGAGAAUCGUCUCAGAAAAUUCCCCGGUUGACACAAUUCUACUUCAAUGGCUCUUUACACCUUUUAUUGCUAUACUACCACACCGCCUCUAGCAGAGACAUCUGCUCACCGACAAGAUGCCUGAACCUCUAUCUACACUGUCGCCUGCCAAGCAGAACUCCAGAUCCUCUCCUAUCAAGCUCGACUUCUCCCAGAAACUCGAUCCCACUCCAUCAACAACGCCUCCUAGGUCACCUUCUGCCAUGUCCACACUUUCCGUCGUGCAGUCCUCUAUAACAGACACCGUCAACCUGCGUUUAUCGACCAUGGACCGCCCUCGUUCUCCUCCACUUACCGCGAGUCAACAAACUAGCCCCAGAAAAGCAUUCUCGCCCAUCAAAUACCGUCUACAAGACGACGCAGCUGUCGCAACUUCCCCUCCUGGCUCUCCUGCCGAGCCGACCGUACGAUUCAAUGAAGGGUUAACAAGAGCGAUAAAUUCUUUGCAGGAAGAGGCGCAGACCGACAAUGUGGACAAGUUCGGCAUACACGAUUCCCAAGAUAACGAAGGUGCAGCGUCUCCUGAUCAACAGCAGAGGGAGAAUUGCACCCCAACCGAUGAAUUGGAUCAGUUGACCUUGACAUUGAGCUUGGAUGAUAAGACAGUCCACGAUGAGACAGUUGGUGAUCUCAGCACCAUUUCGGCUAUUCCUACAGACAUGACUCGCUUCGCUAACCUGCGCAAUUCACCCUCGAAACCUCCUUGCGAAGCAUGGUCGCCUUCCAAACAACGGCGCACAUCUGUGAUUACCGGUACACCUGGGACUGCGCAGCGCCCGCUGCGAUUGUUAUCCUCGUCACGACGGAGUACUUCCUCGAACGAAGACGAUGACCCCACUCCACGAAAGCCAAAAGCAUCUGGCGACGCGACGACGGACUUGCUGAAUUUCACCGGACAAACAAAUAUCGUGAUGCCCCCACCUGGCUCUGCGCCACGCAGUAUGCGACGGAGUCCGUCAGGAAGAGGAGCAUUUCCGAUCAAAAUCAAUCCGAGUCCCAUGCACCGUUCGCAGGCCUCUGUUGAUCGUGAAAGAGCUGGUGGUCGAUCACCUCAGAAGCAACACCACGCCAACUUUGGGGACAGAAAUGUGCCUGCCACUCCGGCGGGUCAGCGACAUAGCCUGUACUCCGCGAGUGGUUUUGGCAUGGAUCUUCUCGACAUCGACCUUGAACCUAUGGCCACCCCACGCUCGAUCCCCACCAUCACACCUAGGGAGUUGGAAACACUGCGGUCGGAAUUGCAGUCUCGCAUUUCAGGACUCGAAGCCACCUUGUCAGGCAAAGAAGCCGAAGUCAUGGCUCUGAAACGCUCUAUCACCGAUGCAGAGGUUAGAGUGGGCAAGACUAGCGAAGAGCUUCGGAAUGAGCGUGCAUCACGAGAGGAAUUGGAACAUGCAAGGGACGACCUCGAACGGCGAUCGCGAGAAAUGGAGGAAGUGUUAAGGGAGGUCAAGCAAAACAUUUUCCUCGAGGAACGAGAGAAAGAGAAGCUCCGUCGACAGAAUGAGGAGGCCGAUCGAAAGGCUGAAGAGCUCGAAGUUCGAGUUCUCGAGCUUCAAGCAUCGCUCGAGACUUUGCGGUCUGACCGAGUCCGAGCCACGCCGAGCCCAGACAAAAACACCACUCCAGCAACCCCUGGUGUGAGUGCCGACAUCGACUUUGCUGUCAAAGAUGCCACUGAAAAGGUGGCGCGUGAGUUACAUGCUCUUUACAAGAGCAAACAUGAACGCAAAGUGUCUGAUCUCAAAACCAGUUAUGAAAAGCGUUGGAUCAAACAGGUCGAGCAACUUCGCAUGGAGCUCAAGGCAUCGCAAGAUGAAGUGGUCAAGUUACAGACCGAGAAGGAAGCCACAAUGAGCGGUGUGAUUCCUGGCCAGACCGAGGCCAUGUCCAGAAUGGAAGGACAAAUUGAGGAAUUACGACGGUGGAAUGAGGAGAACUCGGCCGAGAAGAAGAUGCUCGAAGCAGAGGUUGCAGGGCUUCGCAGUCAAGUCGAGUCGCUCACGGCUGAAAAUGAGUCCUUGCGCAAGGAUGUCGAACAAGAGAGAAUCGAGAAGGGUGAUCUCGUCGCCCAGGUGGAUUUGUUCUUGACCAUGAGCGCACAGCAAGAGGAGCAACGCGCCAUCGAAGUACAACAUCAGCCUGCGAGUCCUCCAAGGAGCGAGGACGGCAAUGGCAGACCAAGCUCGGCGGCUGCCGUUGCCAGUCCGAACAAAUUUAGGAAUAGCAUGAACGGUGCGGCGUCAGGCUUACCAAGUCGGCCACGACCGAUGAGCAUGCUGCAGAAACCGACAGCGGGCAAAUAUUCUGGGAUACCGGCUCCUGGCAGCGGACUGAAAGCGCCGUCGUCUAAGAUUGGAGGAUAUGGUGGCAGAAGUGGCGGUAUCAUGGAAGGCAUCGCACGGAUGGGGGCAGGAGGCAGAUGAGGCGCAGAAUCAAUGGUCUAGCGGCAGAACUGCAAGGGUCUGAAUCGCUGAUUUUGGAUAUGACUCACAUGACUUGAUUUUUCUUCCACGACAUUCAUGAAGCGAGCGAGCAAGCAUCGAGGGGUUACGGAGUAGUGUUUUUGUGAUUGAGACGAGAGCCAAGGAACCCGUUGAUAUCGUGGUGGUUUGAAGAGAGUGCAAGGACAGAGAAGUAGCCUGUGCGAAGAGAUGUGGUAGGUGUAGUUAACAGCCGGUGCGUCACAUCUAUAAAUUCCCCAA